ACUUCCUGUUUACGUUCGACAAAAUGACGUCACGCUAAAAAUGUUAAACGGAGUGUUUCGAUAUUGAAACAUCAGAUAACUUAAGAGACAGCAUCCUUCUGAUUUUGAUACGAAACUAUAUGCAAACGUCCCCUAAGCCGCAGCUUCCGGAGCCCGUACCCCGAGGAAGAACUCCCUCUGUCGGCGCAUCUCAGCCAGAAAGCAAGCUAGCCGGGUUCUUCAUUCCUGGUAGCCUAGGAAGUAACGUCUUCUGUAAGUUAGUGUUGGAACGAGUUGGCCGCGGACUCUAACGAACUUCCAGAUUAAGCAGAAUACGUCGCGUCUGCCAGCAUGGAAAAUAAAUAUAACCUUAAAAGUCCAGCGGUGAAGAGGCUAAUGAAGGAAGCUGCAGAACUGAGGGAUCCGACGGAGCACUACCACGCCCAGCCACUGGACGACAACCUCUUUGAAUGGCACUUUUCUGUACGCGGGCCUCCAGAUUCUGAUUUUGAUGGUGGAGUGUACCAUGGCAGGAUUGUGCUGCCUCCGGAAUACCCCAUGAAGCCUCCCAGCAUCAUCCUGCUGACACCAACUGGGAGAUUUGAAGUGGGGAAGAAGAUUUGUCUGAGCAUCUCAGGGCAUCACCCAGAGACUUGGCAGCCUUCUUGGAGCAUCCGAACUGCUCUAAUAGCUAUAAUUGGAUUCAUGCCAACUAAAGGUGAAGGUGCAAUAGGAUCUCUGGAUUACACCCCAGAAGAGAGAAAGGCCCUCGCUAAAAAGUCCCAGGACUUCUGCUGUGAAGCUUGUGGCUGUUCGAUGCGAUCUGCCCUCCUGCCUCUGACCUCCAACAGCAACCCCAGUGCUGAGGAUCGCCAGGCCAAAGAACUAGCACAGCAAAUCAAAUUCAAGGCAGAGUCCAGCAUAAUACCACAGGCUUCAACAAGUGGAAGUAAAGCUUCAACUGUCACUCAGGGAGAAACCUCCAGCUCUUCUGAGCAGCAAGCUGAAGAAAGGCCCCAGGCUGAACAGGCGGAAGCGUCUCCAGCAGCAGAUCCAGAGGAGCUCCAGGCCCCCAAUGACAGCGGCCCUGUUCGUCGGCUCAGUCCCAGACAGCGCCGGGCCCAGCAGCUCAGCCGACAGGCCCCCAGGACCGGCAGAGAACCAGUAGCUAGCAGAGCUCUGUUUGGUCCGGCGCCUCGCCGUGACAACCAUGCAGCCUCUGCAGUCCUCAUCGUGGUUCUCACCCUGGCCUUGGCUGCCCUCAUCUUCCGCAGAAUCUAUUUGGCUAAUGAAUACAAGUUCAACUAUGACUUGUGAUGUUUCCCCUUACCGCUGUAGUCCACAGAACUCUGAGCAGAACCGUGGAGGGCAAGCUGAGGCUGUAGCUAACACUGACGUUGGGGCUUUUCCACUAACAUGCUUCCAGGACUAGAGCAGGCUGGUGCUAGAGCUGUUUCUAAUCUGAUUCUAUCAUAAAGGUAAAAACUCCUGGUUUUAUUCACGGCUGUAGAGCAGACCCAGUCUCAUCAUGAUGUCUUCCAGGAUGUUUCCUCCUUUCUCUGGUGUAUCCUGUGUUUCAGCAGAGGAACACCUUACCCAGACCGAGUACAGUUUGUCUCAUUACCUCUGCACACAUGUUUUAAUGUCAUAUAUUUGAUUUAGAAGUGCUACUUUACACAACUCGUGAUGUUUAGAUGAGGCCCAGUUCACUGUAAAAAUCCCCUGAAUCUAAACUGUCAGCAGACGAUGGUAAAACAACUGUAUCAGAGUAGCAACUGCGCCUAGCAUGACAGCUGGUUAACUCCUCUUCCUCAUGCCUCGACUUCAUGUUCCUAUUAUAGCUUAGCAGUUUUCAUACGUCAGCUUAACACAAACACUACAGUAAAUCCAAAACUUGAAACCUUUUCAAGUUUUGUGCUUAAAGCCUUUUCAUAAUAACAAUAAUACGUUUUAUUUCUAGGUGUCUUUCUUCACUUCAGGACGCUGAGUUUUAGUUGGUUGUUGGUCUCUGUGAACCUGCCUCAAGCCUCUGAUGGAGGAGGGUCUUUUACAUGAAGUUUGUGUGUCUGUAGCAUCACUUCCUGCUUCCUCAUUUAGCCUCAGAACAUUAAGCAGAAAAAAUACUGGGUUUGAAGCUAGCACUAGCUCUUAUUUAGUACUGGAACCAGUUUGCUGGAAAAGCCCUUCGUGCUCUGCUGCCUCAGCAGCCUGCUCCUCUCAGGAGGCCGUAUCAUUCCUGCUGCUGCAGUCAACAACACCUCCAGGGUGUCUUUUAAUCAGUGUGACUUUUACUCUCUGCGGCAUUGUGGCCUGCGGCAUUAAGAACUGGAAGCUUUUUUCAUUUAUAGAACUCAUGCCGUGGCCAACAUGUCUCCCUCUCCUCAUGUAAUUGUUGAAUGUCCAACGGCUGUACUUAUUCUGUCAAUUAAAACUGUAACUGAUAAGUUAGCAACAUGGGCCAAUGUGAGCUCUUUCUCUCAUCAGACUGAUGUGUGUUUGAAAUUCCUGCCACACAAAAAUCUGAUUCCAAGAUGUUGGGGCAAGAGUUUGGAAAAGUCUUAGUUUUAAAGCAAGAUAUAAACUAUCACACACUUCUCAUGUUUUCCUUUAUCUUGUAAAAGAUGGGAGUCAGCAAAUAUCAAGAGGGUUAUGUAAGCUGCCAUUUAUCAUAGACGCAAGGAGUUCUUAUUAACUUAAUGUGUGUGUGAGGGCGUGUGUGUGGGGGUGGAUGGUUUGCUUUAAAAUAAAAAGUAUCAGAUUUUUAAUUCAGUGACUUUUUAUGCUAAAUUGAAGGUUUCUGUUAGAUGAUAGGUUCACUCUAAGCAGAUUUUAGCGUUCGCUCAUGUAUACAUGCAGCGUGCUGCACUGUGAUUUUCAGGUUUUAUGGUAGGACUGCUAGAACUUGUAAGAACCUCAGACUCAUAAUUGAUUUGCCAAAGAAUCACCAUCAACAAAAUUUUCAAUAUGUGAAUGUUCACAAAUGAUUUUAUGAGUUUAUGUUUGCAAAUAAAGAUGUAACCCAGUGAAAUAAAUCUGAUGAGGAAAACAA